AUGUACUACAAAUUCAGUGGCUUUACGCAGAAGUUGGCUGGAGCCUGGGCUUCUGAGGCUUAUAGUCCGCAGGGAUUAAAGCCUGUGGUUUCCACAGAAGCACCGCCUAUCAUAUUUGCCACACCAACUAAAUUGACCUCCAAUUCUGCGUAUGAUUAUGCUGGGAAAAAUAAAGUUCCAGAACUGCAGAAGUUUUUCCAGAAAUCUGAUGGUGUUCCCAUUCACCUGAAACGAGGUCUGCCUGACCAAAUGCUUUACCGGACCACCAUGGCACUGACACUGGGAGGGACCAUCUACUGCCUGGUUGCCCUGUACAUGGCUUCACAGCCCCGGAACAAAUGA